UUUUUUAUCGGCAUGCUGAUAAGAUAAACUUCAUGGAAAAUAAUUACUUUGGCAUUUCGUUGCAUUUUAUGACAGAACAAACUAAAAAUUCACUGCAAAGCACAGCACCGAUUCAAGAAUGAAAACUGAAUUUGUUGGUAAUAUUGCGUUUGUGGUUGAAACGGGCCAUAUUUUUGUUAUUAGUGGACAGACAUUGACUGGAGCGGAAAGAUUGGACAUCGACUUAAAAAGUGGAAAACAUGACGACGCCCCAAUACCCUUGCAACUUUCAGUACGGUUCACAGAGAACGCAAUCGUUCGCAACACAUACCGUGGGAAUAAUGAAUGGUUCAGUGAAGAGCGCGAUGAAAACCGUGACGAAAAUGCGAACCCGAAUCCGUUAGUGGCAGGCGAACGAUUCCAGGUGUACAUUUUUGUUGGCGAAAACAAUUACUACAUUUCGGUGAAUAAGGAACCGUUUUGUAAGUACAGCAUUAGGGCGCCCAUAGAAGACAUCAGAACGAUUUCGGUAACAGGUGACUUGGAAUGGAUUAAUCAAGUGGAUCAUCGGUCAUCGUAUCCCUAUCCCCAUCCACUGGCACAGAAAGACGAAAAGGACGUUGCAUUUAGUAAUGAUGUUCCCAGCAAUUUCCAGGCAGGUCACGUAAUCGUCGCCACUGCCAUUCCCUACGGUAAUAUAAAGGGUGGCUUUGUGUUCGCAUUCCGCGACGGAGCCACAGACAAACAAGUGCUACAUUUCAAUGCCAGAUUCCGUCCCGAAUUCACUGUCGUCCGAAAUGCAAUGAAUGAUAAAAAUGAUUUUGAAACCCGACACGAAGAGCGCUCGGGUGGCUUUCCAUUCAAAAUGGAGGAACAAUUCAAAUUGGCUAUCGCGUUCACACCGAAGGAGUUUAUGUUCGCCGUGAACGGCGUCUAUUUCAAUUCGUUUCAGUACCGAACGAAUCGAUUGCUGGAUAAGAUCAGCGGACUCAAAAUCUUCACCUACAAUGGCUUCAAUUUGGAGAUAACGUCAAUCGAUCACGUUUACAUCGGCCAUCCGGCGUGUAAAGGUUUCGAACAGUACUCGCAUCCGGACAUAAUGAUAUUUUAAAAUGUGAGGCUCAAGGGCUCAAUGUGACGAAAUAGAUCGAAGAAAAUUAUACUCACGUCA